AGUUGCAGAGCGUCCCUGAGCCCCCGCCUGCCUCCCUCCCUGCCUCCCUGCCUGCUUCCCUUCCUCUCCUCUCUGCCUUCACUUGACAUCUCUCACACCUGCAGCCCGCCUCUCUCGUCCACGGCUCCUCUGACACCCUUUAGACUUCAGCGAUUCCACGGUCAAGUCUCGAAGAUGCUGGCUUGUACAGAGAUGAUCACCAUGUGCCUGCAGUCGGCCAAACAGAAGCACAUUCGGGCUCAGCAGCAACAGCAACAACAACAGCAACAGCAGCCGCUGCACAACGCCGGACAGGGUCUUACUAUCUUUCAUGAUAUUUUCCGCAGAGCAGACAAAAAUGAUGAUGGGAAGUUGUCAUUUGAAGAGUUCAACGCUUACUUUGCCGACGGGAUCCUGACCACCGAGGAGCUGCAGGAGCUUUUCUACUCCAUAGACGGCCGACAGAAUAACAAUCUGGACACCGACAAGUUAUCAGAUUAUUUUUCACAGCACCUUGGCGAGUAUCUAAAUGUCCUCUCAGCUCUGGAGAGCCUGAACAUUGCCAUUCUGAAGGCAAUGGAUAAAACUAAAGAGGAGUACCAGGGUUCCAGCGUGUUGGGCCAGUUUGUCACCAGGUUCAUGCUAAGAGAGACGUCCAGUCAGCUGCUGUCUCUACAGAGGUCCCUGCAGUGCGCCAUGGAGGCUGUGGAAGAGCAGAGCAGCCCUGCCCCGAGAGAGGCGAAGGCACCGGAGCUGACAGCGGUACAGACAAAUGGCAGGCAGUGCGGUCGCAGGGUCCAUAACAACCUGUGCAUGUCCCCGUCAGGACCCUGCUCUGGAAUCCUGACCACGGGUGUCAACAUGGAAGAUGGAGAGAACUGGUGCUCUCAGAUCAACAGGCUGCAGCAACUUUUGGACAAACUGGAGUGUCAGAGCCCCAAGUUGGAGCCACUAAAGGAGGACACACUGGCCAGCACGUACAAGUCUAACAUCCUGCUGGUUCAGAGGCAGAUGUCUGUGACUGAUGACGAUCUGGACAACUUCCAGAAAGUUCUGAAGAGCUACAUCGAUGCCACCUCGGCCCACUCUGACAACCUGCACGUGUCUGUUCAGAAGCUCCCGGGAAAGUCGUGUUACAUAAUGUAUGAGUUCUGGCAAGAUCGCAUCUCCUGGAUGAGCUAUCUCCAGUCCAACAGCAGUAAAGAUUUCCAGCGCUGCGUCAUUGACAUGUUGGAGGAUGCUGAAGUCGUAUCCACUAUGUUGCUCCCAGCUUCCUGGUGGAUUAUGACUAACAACUAGCAGCUAAAUCCCGAAUGUCACAUCUACUGCCUACACUGUCACACGGACAAAGACACACUGGCGCAUCAACCCACCCACCCACAUGCACUCUCAUACACACACAUGCAUACAAACACACGCUCACACACACACGCAGAAGAAUUCAAAAGGCAUCCAUGUGUUUGAAAGCAACAGGAGACGGAGACAAUGGCUCCAUCCAGCACUCUCCAGCAGCAUCUUUUAAUGUUCCUGUCUGCGAAUGCUCAUUAUUGUGCCGCUUGUAUCAAAAGGAAUAGUUGCGCCCUACAGCCAAUCUAUAGACUUGAAAGUAAUGGAGUUUUUGCAAUGCAAAAGCCAUUUUAUGAUUUUUUUUAAAAAAAAUUCUGUCUCUGGCUCGUGGUAUGACCCUUUUUCUCUUGCAGUGUUUGUCUGAUAUUAUGCCAGUGGAGACCUGAAAGGCGCUCGUAUAGGCUACUAGAGCAGACCCAAAUAGGUUGUAAUGUAAAAUUACGAUCUCAGUAGUGUUUUGUGCUUUUAAUGAGUUGUUUAUAUUCGAAUUAAGAUGAGAAAGGAGGGAAGAGGAGGAGAUGGAGGGUUCCUGCAGCCUACACAUGCAUGUUGAUGUGGCCACGUCGUGCUGUAUGAUACUGUAGCACGUUUUACGUUCAUUAAGCUGUCCCACUGUCAUGUGCACAGAAUGCCAAAAAAGCUAUUAUCAAAUACGCUGCAUCUAUUUAUUGCUGAAUAUACUAGUGACUAGUGGUCAGUUAUUAGUUACAUCUCCUCCUAUCUUCAGUCUGAGGCACAUUCUCAGUGAAAAGAAAAAUAUCAAUCGUAUCUUUAAGGAACUCUUUGUGAGGCGAUCUCAUUAUGCUCUUUAUAACUUCGCUAAGUUAUAAAGAUGAAAAUAUAUUUAAUGUAUCAUGUGUUUACUUUGAUCAUGGUAGAGUUGAUUCCAUCUGUAAAUACAGAAUUCACAUACAGCAUAUUCAUAUUUCUGUUGUGCUUUGGUUUGGUAAUGUACACCAACAAACGCUUGAAAAGCAACUUUAAUAAAAUUAUUAAAGAUA